UUGAAUAUCAAAGGAAGCAACUACGCCACGCCCAAAAUUCCGCUGUUGAAUUGGUAUAGCAUAGUUCUAAGAACGUGCCACCCAAAUACAAACCCAAACAAUCUCCAACUGUCUACGCUCCACUUUACAGUUACGUUCAAACUUCAAACUCGCCGGAAAAACCCCACCCACGAAUCCGAUCGACUCAUUCUUCAUCGGACCAAAUCUUUUCACUCCUCAAUCGAAAUGGGUUCUGUUGAUUUGGGUUUGUGCGGCCAUGGUUGAUCAUUCCGGCGAUUAAGAUGAGUGGUUCUAAAGAUUUGAAGAAAUGGGGUUGUUGCAGUGUUAGGGAUUGCUUUCGCUAUGGACGCGGUUCCUGGGUCGGUGGGUACUGGUGCCAGUUUCUCUUUGAGAUUGGGGCAGACUGCGUUCUCCUCUGCUUCGCUUCUUUUCAUGUCGUUGGGUGUUGAGUUCUACAGCUAUACUGCUUUCUGCUACCUUGUGACAGUGAUGGGUUUGGUCAUACCCUGGAGCUUCACUUUGGCAUUGGUUGAUGGCUACUCUGUCCUCGUAAAAUGUCCUCUUCGACAGCCCGGAAUACUCGCGAUCAUCGUCGUUGGAGAUUGGGUCCUGUCUCUUCUCACAUUAGCCGCUGCUUGCUCGACAGCAAGCGUCGUGGAUAUUCUUCUUCACUUGGAUAGUUCGUAUUGCCCAUCCAAGCUUUGUAGGAGAUAUCAAAUAUCUGCUGCCAUGGCUUUCUUUUCAUGGUUUUUGUCUUUUGCUUCUUCCCUUUUCAAUCUUUGGUUACUUCCAUCCUUAUAAUCUCAGCUCUUUUUUAUUACUAAUUUGCAGAAGUUUUUGUGUUUCUUUCUUUUCUUUUCUUUUUUCUUUAAAUCUAGCAAAUGUUCAAUAUAUAGACUUUACACAUUUUGUUUUGAAUUAGAAAUUUGUACAUUUAUAUUGUUAAAGUUGAAUAAGAUUUUUCAAUCUUCUUUAUUUUGCAA